CCGGUGCAUCGCUCAAUAUGAAUGCACCGGACCUUUAGGCCACGACGACUUUUUGAAUAUGAGAUGAUUCUCGUUAAUUUAUAUAGUUCUUACCGUGAUUAGUGUAGUAUCUCUGAACACUCUCAACUUUCAUUCCCGAUCCUGCGGACAGAAUGGAAAGCAGUCGACGUCGCCCCAAACACGUCAAUUCGGAUCCUCCCGAUCCACUAACGGUGUUUCUAGGUACUUCAAGCACCGGUCACCGUUCUCGUCGAACCCGUCGCUUGCGACGAAGGGCUCGACGAGUAAACUAACUCCUAGACACAGCCCACUGAGUUUCUCGCCGGAUCUUCUCAGUGGGUCGCGUUUCCGAUCCGGUGGUAGAUUCUGCGAAGCACGGCUCUUGCUAGGGUUCGUGUUAGCAACGUCAUCAGGUUUGAGCCUCGUGAGCUCACCUACUAGUUAAGGUUCCGUUGGAAUAGCCUCUCAAGGAUAUCAGCUAAGGUAGUAAAAACAAAAAAAAAACUCAAGUUCGAAGUCCGUUACAACAUCAAUAAUUAAAUUAACUCAAUAACUAGGUAACUAAUCAAACUAUUUAAUUUCGAACUUUUCGCGAAAACACUCGAUCGAACUAUAUAGUGACAUUAAGAAAAACGUCACAUCAAAUUAAAAACAAGAAACCGCAUGAACACGUAAAUGAUAAAUACAAUUAAAAAAAUAUAAGAACAACACAACCACAACAUGAAAAUUAUUCGAGUUAUGCAACCGUGAACAUUAAGUAACGUUAUAAAGAAAAUGGAGAAGCCGAACCGGAGAAUUCUGAAGUCGAAGUCUUCUUCUAACACAAUUAAAACUAAAAUUGUUAAAGAUAAAACGCUUAAUGAUAGCGCCCUCAAUGUUUUGCCGGAGACAAAGAAGAAAGGUAUUUACGUCGAGAAGAGAAACUUCGCGCAGAAGACACAAGUGACUAAACGUUUGAAAACGUUGCCAAAUCAAAUCACACGGAGACGCGACAACAAACAAUUUCUUAGUUCAGUUUUGAAUAUCCUAUCUAAAGGCACAACAAGUACGCAGUUUCCGGAACCAGCCCCGGACAAAAGCGGCGAAGAAAUUAUACCAAAAACUACUAAAAUCGAGAGAGCGAAAGCGAUGAACAACGAAAAAAAGAGUAAAUUUAAAUCUAAAAUCUUAAACAGGAAUUACGAUGAUAAUUUCAUUGUAUUGAAAUCAACGAACAGUAGCAAAUUUAGUAGUCCGUCAUUAUAUUCUGAUCAGAGCCGGGACGUUUGUAAAAUCAAUUCCAAUAACGUGACGGCUAUAGCCAAGGAAGUUUUAGAAGGGAAAAAGACAAAGAGAGUUACCAUAGACGAACCGGCGACUCUGGUUUCAGAACAUAAAGCGAACGACAAAAAUUUGUAUAAUUUCUUUGUGGACAUCUUAGAAACGACUUUCAGCGCUUGCGACAUGAAAGAAAGCCUUGAAACGAAUAAAUUGAAAUUGAGCGAGUCUAAUCUUGGCUUUGAGAUUGAGGAAUCCGUUGCCAAAAAACUCGUAGACAACAAUAUAGAGGUUGCCACGAAAAUAAAUGAUUCUAAUAAAAAAAUUGUAAAACCUACUACAAAUUAUUAUGAUAAUAAUUUUGUACUUGAAGAUUAUUUAUCGUAUAAAACAGUAUUUAAAAGUGACAACAGAAAACCUAAAUUACAUGAGAAGAAUCGAUUAAAAUCGACCCCUCAAAGUACCAGCAACUAUAGUCGAUUCAAUAAAUCGACUAAAAAACGAAUGAAAAGUGACUUCAUUGACAUUCUCAAACGCGAAUUGACUAACAGCUCUCUAGGCAGCGUGGAACCACAAAAUUUCUAUCAAUCGUUAAAGUUCAUUGCUAAAACUAAAAAAGCCAACGCGAAAUUGAAGUAUGCUGACGAGAUGCGCGACAAAAAUCCCGAAUGCGUGUUCAAGAGACGAAAGAUCAUCGCGAAAUCGAGGAAGAAUAGAAGAAAUAUUGUUGGUAGUACGAAAACGCUUAACGCAGUUCAAGUCGCUUGAUAAUUUUCAACAGUUUUUAGCUUUUAAAGUAAUUGUUAAUAAUUGCGACAAUAUACACAAAAAUACGCAUUGUCUCAAUCGUAGUCUGAUAAAACAUAAGUAUUCAUUUCAUGCACAAACUAAUAAAAUGCACGCAUAAAA